CGGAUUAAUCAAGAACAAUAUUAGUAGCUUGUAGUUUAGACUUCAAACCAGCAGGAGGCAGCAGAGGCUGGAACGCAACUGGAAGUAGUUAGCUAGCAGCUAGCUAGACGAGCUAGACCAUAGCUUCGUCUGUGUUGCGUGUAGUUCAUCAUGAAUCCCUUAACGAAGGUGAAGUUGAUCAACGAGCUGAACGAGCGUGAGGCCCAGCUCGGGGUGAAAGACUCUGUGUCCUGGCAUUCAGUCUAUAAAGACAGCGCCUGGGUCUUUGUUGGAGGAUUCCCCUACGAGCUGACGGAAGGAGACCUCCUCUGCGUCUUCUCUCAGUACGGUGAGAUCGUCAAUAUCAACCUGGUGCGUGACAAGAAGACUGGGAAGUCCAAAGGUUUCUGCUUCGUCUGCUACGAGGACCAGAGGAGCACCGUCCUGGCGGUGGACAACUUCAACGGCAUCAAGAUCAAAGGCCGGACCAUCCGUGUGGACCAUGUCAGAGACUACCGUCCCCCCAAAGACAACGAAGACAUGGACGACAUAACAAAGCGUCUCCGGGAGGAUGGAUGUGCCCCAGUUGCCCCCGACAACCCUGAGUCCUCCUCAGAGGACGAGCAGCUCGUUGUACCCACGAAGAAGAAACUCAAAAAAGACAAGAAAGAGAAGAAGAAAAAGAAGAAGGAGAAAAAGGAGAAGGAGAAAAAGGAGAAGAAGAAAUCUGAGAAGGAGAGGAGGACCCGGGGGACCUCCUCCUCCUCCUCUUCCUCACCUCCUCCUCGUCCUCCUGUCAUCAGAGUAAAAGAGGAGAAAGAAGACGCUGCCUACGACAAGUACAACCAGAGGGAGGCGCCUUUGGGAGGACAGAGAGACAACGAGAGGAGGAGGGAGACGGACAGAGAGAGAGAAGAAGAAGAAGAAAGGAGGAGGAGGAGGAACCGAGAGAGGAACGGAGACAGAGAGGAGGACAGAAGAAGAGAGGAGGACAGAAGAAGAGAUGACGAUAGAAGAAGAGAGUCAGAGAGGAGGAGGGAGACAGACAGAGAGGACAGACGAAGAGACAGAGACAACCACAAAAGAAGAGAGAUGGACUGAGACAAGAGAAGAAGAGAUAAUAGAUAAAAUAAGAACAGUAGCAGAAGAAGACAGAGACAUUGGACCAUAAAUAAAUGAGGAAAUCCGUGUUGUCUCGGUUGUUUUUUUAAUUGAUCGCCCCCAGUGGCUGCAGCUGUUAUUACACCACAACCUUCGUGUUGGUUUGUUUUAUAUAAGUUUUGUAAUAAAACCAAGGAAUGUCCUCA